AUGUCUUCUGAUGUGUCAGAAUAUACUAUUGGGGGAGUGAAGAUCAUAUUCCCUUGCAAGGCUUACCCUUCGCAACUUGCUAUGAUGAAUGCUAUUGUUAAGGGCUUAAAUAACAGGCAACACUGUUUGUUGGAGAGCCCUACAGGAAGUGGCAAAAGCUUGGCAUUACUUUGUUCUGCAUUAUCAUGGCAGCAGUCUCUGUAUGAGAAAUCCCUGCUUACAUCGUCAUGUGAAAAGCAAGACAAAAAGCCAGAGACCUCACCGCCAUGUCGCUGUAUGUGUCAUUCCCAAUCUAAGAGCAACGAGGCUGCAACAAGUGUGAAUCACGGUGCUUCUUGUUCUUUUAAUAAUUAUGAAACUGGAAGUUCCACAAAACCUGGAAGCCCGCUAACAAAUACAGAACGUAAGGAAAAUGAAACGCUAGCUUCAAAAUUGUCUGCCAAAAAAAGACUAUCUCUAUGUGACAAUGAGAAUGAUGAUUUUCAAGUAGACAGGAAAAGGAUUCGUCCUUUAGAAACUGAGCAGCAGGUUAGAAAACGUCAUUGUUUUGCAAAAGGAGUGCAGCUAGUUGAUGCUUUAGAAGUUUAUCAUCAGAGAAAAAAUGGAGAGCUGAUUGUUCACUCUGAAAAAAGUGUGAAAACCACUUUUUCUCCCAAAACAUCUUCUGGUCCUUGCACUGAGUGUUCCUGUUCUUCUGGAAAAGAAACUGAUAAAGAUGCUAGUAACACAAAGAAGAAAGAAAAUGGAGAUCGGUCGUUCAUUCCCAAAAUAUUUUUUGGAACACGAACACACAAGCAAAUAUCCCAGAUUACCAGAGAGUUGAAGAGAACAGCAUAUUCCAGUGUCCCUAUGACAAUUCUUUCUAGCCGGGAUUAUACCUGUAUUCAUCCAGUGGUAUCUAGUAGUGGUAGUAACAGGAACGAAAUGUGUGUAGAAUUGCUGGAAGGAAAACAUGGCAAGUCCUGUCUUUACUAUCAUGGUGUUCAUAAACUCAGUGAACACCACGCCCUACAGUCUGCCCAUAGGAUGUAUCAGGCUUGGGACAUUGAAGAUCUGGUGAGCCUGGGAAAGAAGCUUCGUGCCUGUGCAUAUUUUGCAGCCAGAGAACUCAUGGUGGGCGCAGAUAUUGUAUUUUGUCCUUAUAAUUAUCUCCUAGACCCACAGAUACGGGAGAGCAUGGAAAUUAACCUGAAAGGCCAAGUAGUCAUUUUAGAUGAAGCCCAUAAUAUUGAGGACUGUGCUCGGGAGUCAGUGAGCUACGGUGUUACAGAAAGUCAACUAAGAGCUGCUCGAGAAGAGCUAGAUUUCAUGGUCAAUAACAACAUCAGGCAGAAGGAUCAUAAGCCCCUACAGGCUGUGUGCUGCUCUUUGACAAACUGGUUACAGGAGAGCUCUAGUCAACUGGUAGAAAGAGGGUAUGAAACUUCCUGUAAAGUUUGGAGUGGAAAAGAAAUGCUCACCAUUUUGCACAAAAUGGGAAUAACUGCUAUUACUUUUCCCAUUUUACAGAAACAUCUUGCUACUGUCCUGGAAAAAGAAGAAAAAAUAUCAGUGCUUGGUAAAGAGGAACUUGUUGAGAUACCGAUUGUGAGCCCUGCCACUCAGAUUGUGCUGAAAGGGUUAUUCAUGGUUCUUUUAUGUCUUUUUAAAGAUAAUAGCAGGUAUGCAGAUGACUACAGAGUUGCUCUACAAGAAACUUAUGCGUGGAUGAAUGAAAACCAACAUGAUGUUUCAGAUACAAGUGCCUUCUUUACACAGCCCAAGCGUAAAAGGAGUUUGCGGCAGAAAACCGUAGUCCACAUGCUUAAUUUUUGGUGCUUGAAUCCUGCUGUGGCUUUUUCAGACUUAAGUGAUGUUAGAACAAUUGUUCUGACAUCUGGUACGCUCUCUCCAAUGGAUUCAUUUUCUUCAGAGCUUGGCGUGAAGUUUUCUAUACAGUUGGAGGCAAAUCACGUUAUUCGGAACUCACAGGUUUGGGUUGGCACCAUUGGAGCAGGCCCUAAUGGUCGGAAGCUGCGUGCCACGUUCCAGCACACGGAGGCCUUUGAGUUCCAAGAUGAGGUGGGAGCACUUCUGCUUUCAGUGUGUCAAAAAGUUGGUCAAGGAAUUCUGUGCUUUUUGCCAUCCUAUAAGCUGUUGGACAAAUUAAAAGAUCGCUGGAUGCACACUGGCUUAUGGAGGAACCUGGAGCUGGUUAAGACAGUCAUUGCAGAGCCCCAAGGAGGGGCAAAGAGUGACUUUGAUGAACUGCUGAAAAUAUACUAUGAUGCAAUAAAAUGUAAAGGAGAAAAAGAUGGAGCACUCCUUAUAGCUGUAUGCAGAGGAAAAGUUAGUGAAGGCUUGGAUUUCUGUGAUGAGAAUGCCCGUGCAGUUAUAACCAUAGGUAUUCCAUUCCCAAAUGUGAAAGACCUUCAGGUUGAAUUAAAGAGGAAGUACAAUGACCAGUACAAAAAUACAAGAGGCCUUUUACCAGGGAGUCAGUGGUAUGAAAUUCAAGCUUAUAGGGCUCUGAACCAAGCUCUGGGAAGGUGUAUAAGACAUAGGAAUGACUGGGGUGCUCUUAUUUUAGUUGAUGACCGAUUCCGGAAUAACCCUAAUAAGUACAUAACUGGAUUAUCUAAAUGGAUUCGUCAACAAAUCCAGCACCAUGAAAAUUUUCAUAGUGCACUUGAAUCCUUGCAUGCAUUUGCUAUAAGAAACCAGAAAAGCAUUGAUUGUUCAUCAGAGUGCAGCGGUGAAUUUCUCCACGUACCUUCAAAUUCAAAAGACCUAUCACAAGCCUCUCAACAGGAGGCAACUAUUCAUCUGUCACCAGAUGUUCCUGCUAAAAGUGAGGAGCAAAAUUUGGUUUCAGAAAUUAAUUUUACUACAACAAUCAGCUCAGUUAAUCUUACAGCAUCAAAUCAGCCGAGUGGCCAGAAAGUUGAUAUAGAGAGUCAUUCUCACCAUGUAACACAAAGAAGAAAACAUAUGGACUCCACACCCAAAACACCAGCAACUGAAAUAGAGAGAGAAAAAAAGAGUGGUUGGACUAAUGCUGAUAUUAUGAAAGAACAUUGCUGCUUUAAACCACUGACUUCAACACCUUUGCCUGUAGCCAAGAACUGCAUGUCCACAGCUAGUAGCAAACAAAAGAAUAUGAAUAGGGCUAGUGAACUUAUUGAUAGAGUAAAUCAAUGUCAGCCAUCAUUAAUUUCAGAACAUAAACCAAGUGUACCAGAAUCACGUUUGGAAACAACUAAUUUUUCAGUUAAAAAUACUGAGGCUCCAGUUGCUGAAGAGCAUCCUGAUAAGCUACAGCUUCAAGUUGAGCCCUGCAGUGAGUUUCCUUCAUUAAAUGUAUCUGCAGAAGCUGAAGAUGAGGAUGACAGUAUCUACUUCACACCAGAACUCUAUGAUGAUGUAGAAUCAGAGGAACAGAAAAUCAGACCGCUGGUUCCAACCGGUAACACAAAUGAGAAUUGGAUUGAAUGUGGAAACUCCACAGUCACUGAUGACCUUUGUGCAAUCAACACCUCAGAAACAUUAAGUGUGACUAAAAAAAUGAUUGAUGAUGAUGGCAGAAACACAAGUUUACAUGGAAUAACGCAAAAUGAGGGGAGUAAGAAUAAUGCAGUUAAUAAUGUAGAAAUGACUAGUGAAAUAGAAGCAGAGCAGAUAACAUCUCAAGAGAUGGACACCACAAAACGGAAAAUCAAUCUUUCCAGAUCACGAAAUAAAGGUGUGUCAUCUUUUCUAUUGAACAAUACUAGCACAUAG